AUGAAUUUGAACAAGAAAGCCGCUACCAAAGAAAAAAAGAAAAAGAAAAAGCUCGUAAAAGGAGGGGACGAUUCAAAGAUUGCUAACAACAAGGAGACUUCAAUAAUUGACAAGACGUUGUCGGACCUAUCGGAUGAAGAGGAGGUUCUAGAAGGAAAUGGGGAUAAGGUCGAGACUUCUGCCCAACACAAGAAGGAUCUUGAGAAAAUCCGCAAAGCUGACCCCGAGUUCUACAAAUUUCUUCAAGAACAAGAGGCUGAUCUUCUCGAAUUCAAUGAAAGCGAUGAAGAAAGCGAAAACGAAGAAGACGAAGAAACACCUAAAUCAAAAGAGAAAAUGGAUCAAACCGGAAAGCCAAAAUUAACAAUCGACAAGAACACAGGCCGCCAAGUUUUUGAUAGAAACUGGUACGAAUACCUUGAGAAAGGAUUAAAUCAGGAAGAUGUGCGCCAUAAUAAUGUCAAAUUGGCUGUGGCGGCUUUUGCGGCGUGUGUGGCUCGAACUGGAGCCGAUGUUACUCCGCCACAAUGGAUAAUCAAUGAUGAAAAGGUAUUUGAUGCUGUUGUUCGAGUUUGUUUCUCCGAUGUCGGCUCACUCAUUUACAAGUUAUUGGGUGAGAAAGAUGUCAAAACAGAGGAAGAAGAUAUUGGAGCUGAUCAAACGAAAACGAAAAGGGGAGGAAAGAUUAAUUUCAAACAUUGGCGUCGUUAUUCAAAACUAGCCAAGGAGUUCUUAACAUCGUUGCUUCGAUUCUUGAAUGAAAUUCAAUCUCACACCGUCAUUCUUGCCACUUUAAAGACGAUGAUUCCAUUGGUUGAUCUAUAUGGUCAAUUUGCUAAAUUGAAUCGUCUUCUUAUCAAAACUGUUUGCCGAAUUUGGACAAGAAAAACACUGGAUUGUCGAGUGAUCGCGUUUGUUCUCUUGAACAAAAUAGUCAAACGAGAUGCUGAUGUCUUUGCGCAUGUCUAUAAGACGAUGUACCUUGGGUUUGUGUCAAACGCUCGUCAUGUAUCAUCAGAAACAUGGUCUCUUCUACAAUUUAUGCAGAGAUCAUUUGCCGAGAUGAGCGUCCUUUAUCCAGAUAUUGCUUACCAGUAUGCGUUUACUUAUAUACGUCAGAUUGCUAUACAUUUGCGCAACGCUCAAAUUGGAAAGAAAAGAAAGGAUCUUGUGCAAACAGUCUACAAUUGGCAACUAAUGCAGUGUCAGUAUUUAUGGGCACAAGUCGUUAGCAAGAGCUAUGGGACGAUCGGUGCUGAUGCGCUUCGCGAACUUAGUUAUCCACUUGCGCAAAUUGUGAUUGCCACUUUGAAACUUUUUCCGUCAAUUCGUUUUCUGCCGCUUCGUUUCCAUUGUUUAUCAAUUUUGAUCCAAUUACAGGUCAAUUGUGACAUUUAUGUGCCCACUCUUGCUUUGGGAUGUGAGUUGCUCCCUGAUCUUCUCACUUUAUCCCAAAAGAAGCCAAGACUUGGGAAAGGUGUCGUUAAACAAAUUGACAUGGAUUCACAGCUAAGAGCUUCUGCUCAACAAACUGAAGAGGCUGGUUGGAGACAAUCAAUUGGGGACACGCUCUUCCGAAUUCUUCUUCAAGCUUCUCAUGUUUUGUCGGCUCAUCCAUCUUUCCCUGAUGUCGUUUUACCAAUUACACACAAACUUCGAGCUUUUUGUAAAGAAUGCCGCAAUCCAGAUUUUGUUCGACUCUAUCGUUCUCUUCUUGACAAGCUUACACAACAUUCAAACUGGACAUUGUCGCGCUUAAGUUCAACAACAUUGGACUUGCAGGAAAGCACAACUUUAGCGAAUGCUCAGGAACGUUUAACGGAUCCAUCAAGCCCAGUUGCUCAAUAUCAUGCGCAAUUUUCUCGCGUGUGGAAAAUGCGAGCAGCAGCACUCCAACGAAACGAUUCACUUCAAACAAAAAAGGAAAUGAAGCCGAAGGAAGUCACUCCAAAAAAGGAAGAGAAAGAAAUUGAAGUAACUUCGACGGAGAAGGAAUCCAUGAAGACUUCUCAACCAGCAAAUAAAUCAAAGGUGAUGAAAAAGAAACAAUCAAAGAGAAAUGGAGUUAAGAAGCCCGACUCAACUUUGACCGACCAAGUCCUCGAUUUGAAUGAGAUGGAAUGGUCAGAC